GCGGCCGCCCGGAGGCGGCGGCCGGAGCCGAGCGGACCCGGACGGACCCGAACCGAGCCGGAAAGAGCCGAAAGCAGCCGGGAAGAGCCGAGCGCAGCCGAGCGCGGGCGGCCGGGCAUGAGGAGCGGCGGGACGCGGAGCCCCCCGCGCCCCCCGCCCGGGGCCGGUGCCCCCGGGGCUGCCCGGCCGAGCCCGCCGCUCCGCGGGCCCCGGUGACGCCGCGGGAGCCGCCGCAGAGGGGGCCUGGGCUAUGCGGUGGUGGCUGCGCGCCGCCGUCCUCAGCCUGCUCGCCGGAGCCGGGGGCAGCGGCCGGAGCGAGCCCCGGGCCGUGGUGGGGCGCGUCGGGGGCAGCGCGGUGCUGGGCUGCGGGCUCCUGGGCGCGCACGAGGCGCGCCCGCCGCUCUACGUGAUCGAGUGGGUCCGCUUCGGCUUCGUCCUCCCCAUCUUCAUCAAGUUCGGGCUCUACUCGCCGCGCGUGGACCCCGAGUACGCGGGCCGUGUGCGGCUGGAGGAAGGUGCCUCGCUGCGCCUGGACCUGCUGCGUGCCGAGGACCAGGGCUGGUACGAGUGCCGGGUGCUCUUCCUCGACCGGCACAGCACCGACGCCGACUUCCAGAACGGCACCUGGAUCCACCUCACCGUCAACGCACCUCCCACCUUCCUGGAGACGCCCCCUGCGUUCGUAGAGGUGCGGGACCAGGCUGCACUGAGCCUCACCUGCAGGGCUGUCGGCAACCCCCAGCCUGUUGUCACCUGGAAGAGGAGCGACCUGCCUGUCCAGAGCGGGGACACGGUGCAGGUGAGCAACGGGACGCUGAGCAUUGCCACCGUGGAACGUGCCAGCGCGGGCACCUACACGUGCCACGCCUCCAGCAAGGAGGGCACCGUCACCCACACCACCCGUGUGCUCGUGCAGGGGCCACCCAUCAUCGUGGUGCCACCGCAGAACGUCACCGUCAACAUCUCCCAAGAUGCCUUUUUGGCGUGCCAGGCUGAGGCAUACCCAGGGAACCUCACCUACACCUGGUUCCAGGGCAGCAGCAACGUCUUCCACCUCAGCCAUCUCCAGGCUCGGGUCCGUGUCCUGGUGGACGGGAGCCUCCUGCUGCAGCGAACGACCCCAGACGACGCUGGGAAAUACACCUGCACCCCCAGCAACGGGCUCUGGAAGCCACCUUCUGCCUCAGCCUUCGUCACAGUGCUCUACCCAGCGCAGGUGACCACCAUGCUCCCGGAGACUCACCUGCCCAAGGGCAUGCGGGGCGUGAUCCGCUGCCCCUCCAGGGCCAACCCCCCCCUGCUCUCCGUCACCUGGACCAGGGACGGGCGCCCGCUGGAGCUGGACAAGCUCCCCGGCUGGUCCAUGCGGCCUGACGGCUCCAUCGUCAUCGCCACGGGCAACGACGACGCUCUGGGGCUGUACCGCUGCACGCCCUACAACAGCUACGGCACGGCUGGCGAGUCCCGGCCCACCCGCGUCCUCCUGAAGGACCCUCCUGCCUUCACGGUGCGGCCCAAGGAGGAAUAUUUCCAGGAGGUGGGCCGGGAGCUGGUGAUCCCCUGUGCGGCUCGUGGGGAUCCCCCACCCACCAUCACCUGGGUGAAGGUGGGCAGCGUGGGGAAGAGCAGUGCCCAGGUGGAUGGCAACAGCAGCCUCGUCCUCCACCCCCUCAUCAAGGAGCAGCACGGAGUCUGGGAAUGCAGGGCCACCAACCAGGUGGCCAGUGUCACCACUGCCACCUCUGUCCACGUACUGGGUACCAGUCCCCACGCUGUCACCAACGUCUCCGUGCUCCCACUGCUGCUGGCAGCCAACAUCUCCUGGGAGCCAGGCUUUGAUGGAGGCUACUUCCAGAGGUUCAGCGUCUGGUACACCCCUCUGGUGAGGUACCCACCGCGGGCACACCACGACUGGGUGUCACUGUCGGUGCCAGCGGGGGCUCAGCACCUUCUGGUGGAGAACCUGCAGCCAGACACCAGUUACCAGUUCAGCGUCCUGGCCCAGAACAAGCUGGGCAGUGGCCCCUUCAGCCAGAUCGUCACCUCCGUGCCCAGGGGUGAGGGCAGCUCCCCAAAACACCCCCGGUGCCCCCGUUCCCGCCUCGUGCCAACCUCUGCUUUCUCCCCAGGCUUCCCAGUGACCACAGUGCCUCCGGAGCCACCAGCCAUGACCGUGCACGUCUUCCUGUCCCCACCCCGGGCUCUGAGGGCCAACGAGACCGUGCGGGGGGUUCUGCUGCGCUGGGACCCCCCUGCCCGUGCCUCGGUGGCCCCGAGCGGGUACGCGCUGGAGCUGCGGCAGGACAAGGGCGGCUGGGAGGUGCUGGAGCGCUCCAUCCCCGGCACUGACACCCAGGUGCUGGUGCCAGGGCUCAUCAAGGACGCCUUCUACGAGUUCCGACUGGUGGCCUUUGCUGGCAGCUACAUCAGCGACCCCAGCAACACGGUGAACGUGUCCACGGCAGGGAUGGAGGUGUACCCGUCCCGCACGCAGCUGCCCGAGCUGCUGCCACAGCCGGUGCUGGCGGGGGUCAUCGGGGGGAUCUGCUUCCUCAGCGUGGCCGUCAUCUUCAGCACCAUGGCCGCCUGCAUCAUGAACCGGCGCCGUGCCGCGCGCGUCCGCAAGCGCCGCCAAGAUCCACCACUCGUCUUCUCCCCCAGCAAGAAGCUUCCACCUCCACACAAUGCUCGUGGCCCUGGUAGCCCUGCCAGCACGCUGAGGCUGAAGCUGCAGCCGUCGCCGUGCCGGAGCCUGCACCGGAGCCUGCUGUGGGGCGAGAAAGCCGGCACCAGCCUGGGGCUGAGCAUCGCCGGCUCCUGCUACCCCGCCUACGAGAGCCAGGGCCGGGAGCACGUCCCGCUGGAGCGCAUCUGCCGCGGCCCCGACGGCCGCUUCGUGCUGGACACCGAGCCGCGGCCGGAGCCGGAGCCUCCGCGGGACCCCCUGCAGCCCUACCGCCAGCUGCCCGCCGAGGAGGACGAGGAGGAUGAGGAGGAAGAGGAAGACGACGAGCCCGUGUGGCACAGGGGGGUCUCGCUGCGCCCCCAGCCCGCGGGGCAGCCCCGCCGGGGCGCCCGCGCCUCCGGUCACCGGCACGGCCGCUACUUCGGCUACGGCAGCAGCAGCCCCGUGGACGAGACCGUGGCGUUGAGCAUCACCGACGUCAGCCCCGUGGCCUCUGCCGCCGCCACCCUGCCUUACAGCGCCGUCCCGGAGCCCCCCCGGCCCCGCCGCGGCCCCCCCUGGGACUCACCGCCCCGCCGGGGCUCCCCCCAGCCGGCCAGCAGCCCCCCGGUGUCCCCCGGCCCCCCGGCCAUCAGCGGCAUCCUGCAGUACCUCAGCCUGCCCUUCUUCAAGGAGAUGUGUGUGGACGGCGACUGGCCCCCCCCGGAGGAGCAGGGGGAGCCCCCCAAUGCCGGCGCCGCCCCGGAGCCCCCCGCCAGCCCCCCGCGCUCGGGGCGGACGCUGUGCCCGGACUGCAUCGACACAAGUGCCAACGCCACCUCCCCUCCCGCCACCGCCGCGUUCCUUGAGCCCCCCCGGCUGCCCGUGGGCCCCGCCAAGGCCUCUCUGCCCGGCUCCCCAUCCUGGCCCCGCUCCCCCAGCCCCGGGCCGCCCCCCCAGCCGGCCCCACAUCUCCGGACUGAGGCCCCGGGGCGGCCGCCGGACGCCGCAGCCCCGGAGAAGCUCCCGCGGGGCAGCCUGACCAGCCAGAGCAGCGGCCGGGGCAGCGGCUCCUUCCUGCGGCCCCCCUCGCUGGCACCGUCCUUGGGGGGCACCUUCCUGGGCACCCCCGUCGGGGACGGGGGCAGCUGGCACAGUGGGGGCUCGGCAGCGGAGGAGGGACGGGGCAGGACGGAUGCUGGCGCCGGGAAGAGGAGAAACACCUCGGUGGACGAGAACUACGAGUGGGACGCGGAGUUCGCGCUGGAGUCGGAGCUCCUGGAGGCGCUGCAGCUUUACCGGGGCGCGGCCCCGGCCCGGCCCGGCUCCUCCAUCGCCCUGCGGGACCUGCAGCGGCACCAGCCCGGCUCGGCCCCGGUGAGCUCGGUGUCGGCGGAGGCGCUGGGAACGGGGGGUCCCCAGGAGCGCGGCCAGACGCCCCGUCCCGAGGGGUUGGGGGCGCGGCGCCGCAGGGAGGGGGUCCAGCAGCGGCGGCAGAGGGUGGGCACCCGCGGGUGCUGCUCCGAGCGCUUCGAGGUGGCCACGCUGCUCUAGGGACCCCCGGGGGAAAGGAUGAGCGGGGGGGGAAUAAAGAGGCGUGAGAGCAGCUCUGGCUCCUGUUGGCGGGGGGACCCCCGAGGCGUCCCGGGUUCUGCCACGACCCCCUCCAUCCUCUCGGUGUCCCCCUCCCACCUCGUCCCGGCUCCCCCAUUCUGUGUCCUCAUCUUCCUCAUCCCCUGGCCACAGCUUCCCCUUCCCCACUCUCCUCCUCCCGGCCUCCCCCUAUCAAUCCCACCCCUCAAAUCCUCCUGGUACCCCCCCGUUUCCUGAUACCCCCCCAAUCCUCUUGGUACCCCCGAUCUUCUCGUGUCCCCCCACGAAUUGCUCUGUGAUGUCCCCCCCAUUUUCCUCAUGGCCCCAUUUUCCUCAUGUCUCUCCUCAUCUUCCUCCCUCGGGGUGUCCCCCCAUUUCCUCCGUGUCCCCCCCAUCGGAUUUUCCCGCCAUCUCCGCGGUGUCCCCCCCAUCUCAUGCGGGGGGCCGCCACUCCUGUCCCCUCUCCCAUGUCCCUGUCCCCUCCCUCUUUCCUCAGUUUCCCCCUCCCCUCCCCGUUCCGGUGUCCCCCCCCCCCCGGUUCUCCCCCUCCCUCGCGGGGGGGGCGGGGCCUGGCGGCGGCCCCGCGCGCGCGGGAGGGGCGUGGCCCGCGCGCUCAUGCCCUUAUAUGGCCACGGCGCGGGAGCGCGUCACCGGGGGGGCGGGGAGAGGCGAUGACGUCACCGGGGGUCGCGCGUGGGCUGCGGCGCGGGUCGCGUCGGGUCACGG